UUUUGCAAAACAAUUAAACAACUUGAUCACUUUCUAAAACCAAACAAACAAACAAAACAAAACCACAUUAUCGCUAAGAAUGGAAUAAACAAUGUUUACUAACGGAAAGUUAUUAUUUUGGAUGAUAAUUUAUUUUCAUAUUUUAAUGAAUAAUUCAACAAAUGAAAUAAAUGCCAAAUUCCAUACCAUCAAAUCGACAACAUUGAAUCAUGAUGCUAACAGUGAUGAUGCUCAAAUUACUACAAAUUCUACAAAUUCAUCUGUUUCAUAUAAAUACUUGUAUAAUAAUUUAAAACAUUAUUUUCUAUCAUGGUAUUUGCCUACAGUGAUUAUUUUAGGAGUUGUUGGUACAGUGUUCUGUUUAGUAUUUCUAUUUUUGUCAAGAUUAUUUCCACAGAAUAUGUUAAUAUGGUUGGUUAGUAUAUGUUUUGGUGAUUUUUUUAUACUUUCAUUGGAAGGUAUAUGGAUGUUAUUAAAAGUUUGGUAUAGUUAUGAUAUACGUGAUAAUAAUAACUUGAUUUGUGUGUUACAUACAAGCUUAUCAAACUAUUUUUUCUAUUGGUCAGCUUAUAUGCAAUGUAUGCUGUCACUUCAACGAGCAUACUCGAUUAUUAAACCAUUGCGGGCUAGAAAUAAUGGUCUAAAUAUGAUAUGGCUUAUUCGUCUAUGGCUUCUAAUAUCUAUCUGUCUUAUAUUCCCAAUGCUUCCUUAUCCAAUCUACUGGCGAGUUAUCAACGGUGACUGUGAUCCUACAAAUACAGAUUUAUUUCAUGUUACAACGCUGAAUGAUUUCAUUAUCUGGGGUUUAAUCCCACUCUUUGGCAUGACAUCAUCUACAGUUAUUAUAUGUUGGAAUAUUUUUCGAUUGAGAAAAUAUUUUCGUGAAGCAACCUCUUCAGUUAUUUUACGUGAAAAUGAAAGACAAAGAAAAUCUACAACGUCUAAGGUUACCGCAUUGAUUUAUUACUUGAGACCAGAUGAUCUGUGUGAUAAUCUUCGGAAACGUUCGCAUUCUCUAUCGGUUUCAGAAUCUGCACUUCAUUUACAGACAAAAGCUCAAUCUGAAACUUUAUCUAGAAUUUAUAAACCAAUGUCUGUUCGUAAUUUAAUUGAUCAGACAUCAGGAUGCGGUUCAAAACGUAACAACUACACAGUCACAACACAAUCAACAAAUCCGUUCAAUUCACGUAAGAUAUUUGCAACAAAGUGUAAAGCAUUAUCGGUUGAUCAGAUCACAAAUUGUUUAGGACCUGUGAAUAAUCCAGGCUAUCGGCAUGGUGCAACAGAUAAUGCCGGUCAUGUGACACGACUUUUGAUAUGUAUGAAUAUUUGGUAUAUGGCUAGCACGUAUCCAUUGAUUAUUUAUUUAAUACUAUUAAAUUUUGUACUAACCAAUGUUGAUCGUGAUGUUCACAAAUUUAUGUAUUAUUUAUCAAGAAGUUUGUGCUUUUUAAAUGCAUGCUCGAAUUGGAUAUUUUAUUGUGCAUCUGGACGAUUAUUUCGUUCUCGUAUACGUCUAAUGUUAUUGCGUUUUAUGUGUCGAUUACGUGCUCAACAUAAAAAUCGAACUGCUGCUGUACGAGUACCAGCAGAUUAUACAAAUCAUUUCAAAAAUCAAUUUGUUUUGAAUACAUCAACAAAUAUUGAAAACAACACUUCAUGUGUUAGUAGUUCAUUCUUGAAAUGUUUCACUGAGUGUAAACGAAACAAUCUGCGUAUGAAUAAGAAGAAGAUGAAGAAGCAUACUAGUCAUGAAAUCAAUAAUAUGAUGAUGAUGAUGUAUCCAAAUGUAGAUUAUAUCGAUGAUUUCAGCGGAGAUUUACUCGACAGUACACUUGAGACGACUAGUAAAAAUCAAAAAUCUAAAAAUCAAUUAAAUACUAAGCAUGUGACUAGUUGUAUGCCUAAUUCAACAGCUAAUUAUUCAAAUAAUUGUUUCCCUUUAGGUUAUCAAUGCUUUUGUAAUUUAUUUCCUUGUCCUGUAAAAUCUUUCAAUAAAUCCACUGAUAAUAGAAAGCAUCAUUCAUCUGUUAAACAUUAUCCAAACAGAGAAAAGUUCGAAAACGAUAAAAAAAAUGGUAGUGAAAAGAAACACUUCUUACUUGGAUGUAAUGGAUGUUUUACAGGAUUUUGUUGUUGGAGAUUUUGGUGGUAUGGUUUAAUGGCUGGUUGUAUUAAACAUAUACCAAACAACAUUGAAACUGUCACAGAUCAAAGUGAUCAAAGUCAUUCUGUUCAAGUGUUGACAGGUUUGUCAACUUCAUCAUCAUUAUAUGAUAAUUAUCAUUUACAUCGACGUCAUUCAGAAUUUGCUUUGAAUAAUCUUAAUUAUAAAUAUUGUAAGCAUUAUAGAUCUACAGAGAAAUUCCGUGAUUUAGAGCCGAAAAAGAAUAAUAUUGAAUUGGAUUUAGCCACUCAGAAUACAUUCAAUACAUCGACUAAUCAAAAUUUGAAUGACAUUGUAAACUCACAUCCUUCUGAUAAGUUAUUUACUACUUCCAAUAAUACAGUUCAUUCAAUUUGGGGAUCAGAAGCAAUCAUUGUUAAUGUUAACAAUUCUGACAUUAAAUUGCCCAAACAAGUCAUUCCAAGAUGUUUUUGUUAUAUUUCAUCUCAAGGUAAUCGUAAAUUUAAUUAUAAUUUAUGUCAAUAUCAUCGAAACUUUAAUUCCUCUUGUCGUUAUCAUCAUCAUCAUGGUCACAGUCAACAUUUUCAUCUAUUGCAUAAUUCUCACUUACAUUAUCGAUCAGAUCGUCAAAAUACAUCUAUAAAUAAUUGUCGAAAAAUGCAUCAUUUACCAUCUUCUUCUAAUUAUACUUUUAGCAAUGUUGAAACGAAUCGUUGCAUUAAGAAUGAUAAUAACAUUAUUAGUACUUAAAAUACUGGUUUAGAUCGACAUGAAUAAUGAAUAUAACUGAUUAUGUUGAAACACAGGCUAAAAAGAUGGAAUGUUUUGUUGGUCGUAACCAUAUUUACCAGGAACAGAAUAAAAAAAGGGGAUUGGAUAGGCGACUACUACUAGAAAAUCUUUAAUACACAUGAUAAGAAUGAUGAAAGAAUGAAGCGAAUUCAACUACAUCAUAGAAAAUGAUAAUAGUUUAUCAUUGUUUGUGUUGGAUAAUUUUCGAU